AAGAUAAAGAUUUGCCGUUAUCGAUAAAGGGCCACCCGCACUUGGCUCCUUUGGGACACAAGUAAACAAACGUCACCAAACACCCGACACUGGGCGGCGCAAAGAAGAUUUGAGCCGACUCCGAGCGGCCGACCACAACUAUUCGACGCGACUGCAACAGAUUCCACAAUCGACGCAUAUCCACAGGUAUAUUUCACGAGCAAUUGGUUUUUUUUUCUUGUUCUUUUUCAAACAUGGACGCGAACGAGGCGGCCUCGGUGCUGCGCAAGAUCGAGGACCUCAAUGAGAACCAUGAGAUCUCCAUCAUCAGGCUGAGCGAGCCCAUAUCGAGCGCCGUCGCGCAGGAGUCGCGGCAGCAGCGGACCUCGGACGCGUCCAACGCCUCGCAGGAUGCGGCGACGCCCGCUAGCCUGGACGCCGACCUCGAGCACUACAAGGAGCUCUUUGCGAAGCUGCGGUUCUCCUAUGUCGAGCAGGUCACCAAGGAGAAGUUCAUCCGCGCCAUCGUCGGCGACCCACCCGUCAUCGUCUCGCCCCAGGAGAACAUCGAGCUGGAGAAGGCGAAUCUGGCGGCCAAGUCGCAGCUCAAGGCGCUCAAGGUCGAGGUGGCGGACCUGGUGACGGAGCUGGAGAGGAAGGGCAAGGAGCUGGCGAAGCGGUACGAGAGCGUGCGGCUGGACACGGCCAAGCUGAGGGAACUCCCCGACAAGAUUGCUGAGCUGGAGGAGCGCGUGGCCGAGCUCAAGGAGGCGCAGGAGCCGGGGCAGAAGCCGUACAUGAACCUGCCGCUCGCCAAAACGCUCGAGCUGGUGGACGAGAAGAAGAGGCAGCAGCAGCAGCUAGACCGCGAGCUGGAGCAGCUACAAGCCAAGGCACCGCGGAAGAGAAAGGAAGCCGAGAGGUUGCAGGCCGAGCUGCAGCCGCUGGAGGCCAAGAGGCAGAACAGCAAGAUGGCCGCCAAGGAAGCGCAACGGCGGAAGGAGGGCGCCGGCGGCGACGCGGAUGAUCUCGAGGAGCGGGGCCGGUGGUUGAGGGCGAGCGAGGCGGCGCUCAAAAAGAUGCUCGACAUUCAAGCGUGAUGAAUAAGGGGUAGGGUUGCACAGGUAAAUGCCUAUCUAUCAUGGCUUGGGGCUCUGGUUUGGAGGUGGACAAUGUAUGGAUUUGUAUACCCGCACGACACGAGGCAAAGGAAAAAAAGACCAGGAGGAGGCACAGUGGGAAGGGGGGAAAGGCGUUCGAUUGGCGUUUGGUGCUUAGGUGAUCGAAUCGAACGAAUGCACAACAUUUCCGUGGGCAACCAACAUUUGUGAGGGCAACUUGACGCCGCCAUCUGCUUUGUUUGAGCUUCAG